CAGCUGUCAUCGACAGGAGAGGACAGUAUUUUGUUUUUGUCUGCGAGGACACGACUCGAGGAGAGGAGAGGAGAAGAGAGGAGAGGAGAGGAGAGGAGGCCUCUUUUUUUCGCGACAGUAGGCUCUGAUUUCAGUGAUCCGAUUAAUGAUAAAUAUUAGACCAUAAGAUUGGUCGUUAUUUAACAUUGGUAGCGUGUAGUAGCAAUUUCUUAUUAUAGAGCAUGCAAAUUAAUGAUAUAUGCAUUUGGGUGUAAUUGUAUUGUUGACGUUCCGUCAGUAGCUUGCAUGUUGCACAUUAUAUAAACACACAUUCAUCAUAAUUUUUGUGUAUCCUGCAGUUUUCCAACAUUAAAAGGCAGAGCAUGUGGCCCUGGGCAGGUCUAAUGAUUGCUCCAUGCAGCUCACAUUAGGACCUCAGGGAAAAUAAGAUAAUCAGAUCUCAGGGUGUUGAUCUGGGGAGCACUGUGGGACACGAGAUAUCUGGAUUGUUUCACAUGCUAUUUAAUUAAAAGCAGGUAGAAAAAACACAUUUGUGGCAAUAAAUUCAGCAGCCUUUGGGAAAUUGAUGCUGGUUUGAAGACUGUUAGGACCUCAUUCACAAAUUUAGGCGUGUAAGGAAGGCCUGUAGACAGAUACAUUUUGCACUUUGUAAUGCAUGUUUAGCUGCUGCAGUAGCCGCCUGACACAGCCUGCACAAGCUCCAGUCUUCUUUAAAUAGAAAAGAAAACCUUUGCAAAGAACCGUUUAAAUAUUGCAAGCUUGGAGAUCAGUUCAUGAGUCUCAUGACUGUGCUUUAAAGUGUCAACAACAGUGUUUUGGUGCUCCAGAUAAGGAGCAUUGCCGUUUAAGUCAAUAGUUUUUUGAGGCUCCUCAUCAAAUAAAACAGCUCCUCUAACAUCCGGUGACAUGGCAGUAUUAAACCUGCUGCUCCUUUCUCUUCUCUGCAGCCUGUUUGUGUACCAUUGCCAUGGGGCAUGUGCAGAGGUGGACUCUGACACAGAGGCAGUGGCCGGUCGGGGUUUCAAACUGGGCUGCAUCUCCUGCAAGAGGAGGAGUGAGGUGGAGGGUACAGCGACCGUUGAAUGGCACUUCAGGCCGAAAGGAGAGGCAGACUUUCUUCAUUUCUACACCUACGACGGCAGCCCCACCAUUGAACACGACCACUUCAUGGACCGCGUGGAUUGGAACGGCAGUAAGAGGAGCAUGGACAUCCAAGAUGCAUCCAUAUACCUGUUCAACGUCACCUUCAAUGACUCAGGCACCUACCAAUGCUACUUCAACCGCAUCCUCUCAUACGAUAACUAUGAGCACAAUAGCAUUAUCAAGAAGGUGGUGCACCUCACUGUGGUGGCUAAAGCGACCAGAGGAAUGGCAUCCAUCAUGUCCGAGGUCAUGAUGUACGUGUCCAUCAUUGGCCUGCAGGUCUGGCUCCUCAUAGAGAUGAUUUACUGCUACAGGAAAAUAGCAGCAGCUGGGGAAGAAGCAUUACGGGAAGCAGCAAAUGCUGAAUAUUUAGCGAUAGCGUCGGAAAGUAAAGAUAACUGUGCAGGGGUGCAGUUUCCUUCUUGGACUGAAAACAUCCUUCCAUACUCUGACCUGCAUGUAGACAACUUUGGGGAGAACCUCCUCGUCAUCUCAAGUCUCUAUUUUACCUUUUCCUCAACAAAGGCCGCACAUGAUUAUGACAUACAAAGAGAGCAUGGUACCAGCAUUGUAUAUAGUAAUCUGCGCCGCAAAAGCAUGUUCUGCACUUAUUUGAGAAACCAUUAUGCAUUAAUGAGCCACAUUGUGAAAAGCAUUAACUGCACAUACAGUAUUUCUUUAAGUAUUAUGUAAUCACACGUUUAUAUAAAAUGUAAGUGGUACUAUGGGCGUAUGAUGGACUCAAUGAGGUUGAUUGCAAAAGAAAAGCUUUUUACUAAAUCAUCACCACCUAAUGUAUAAAUAAUGUGACACACAACAUUUAUAAAAAUAGAAUGUGAUGGACUAUGAUAGACUGUAUUUCCAGUUGCUAGUUGUACAUUCAAAAUCUGAAUCCAGCUCUUACCAUGUGCUAAUAAAAAACUGAAAAAAUA